AUGGAGGGCGCUCCGCUGGCGCUCCUCGCACUCCGUCUGCUCUUGCUCGCGACGUUGCCGGCCGCAGGAUGGCUGAAGACGGGCCCUCCUGACGCGUCGCCGCCCGGAGCUCCGAAGAACAGCAUCAGAAUUAAUGUAACUACCCUGAAAAAUGAUGGGGAGGUAUCUAAAGAACAGGUUGUUCUUAACAUAACCUAUGAGAGUGGACAAGUGUAUGUAAAUGACUUCCCUGUAAAUAGUGGUGUAACCCGAAUAAGCUGUCAGACUUUGAUAGUGAAGAAUGAAAAUUCAAAUGAAAAAGAAUAUUUUGGAAUUGUCAGUGUAAGGAUUUUAGUUCGAGAGUGGCCUAUGACAUCUGGUUCCAGUUUGCGACUAAUUAUCAUUCAAGAGGAGGUAGUAGAGAUUGAUGGAAAACAAGCUCAACAAAAGGAUGUUACUGAAAUUGAUCUUUUAGUUAAGAACCAAGGAAUACUCAGACAUUCAAACUACACACUACCUUUGGAAAAAAGCAUGCUGUACUCCAUUUCCAGAGAUGAUGACAUUUUAUUUACCCUUCCCAACCUUUCCAAAAAAGAAAGUGUGAGUUCACUACAGACCACCAGCCAGUAUCUUAUUAGGAAUGUGGAAACCACCGUAGAUGGCGAUGCUUUACCUGGCAAAUUACCUGAAACUCCUCUCAGAGCAGAGGCUCCAUCUUCCUAUAAGGUUAUGUGUCAGUGGAUGGAAAAGUUCAGAAAAGAUCUGUGCAAGUUCUGGAACAGUGUUUACCCGGUAUUCUUUAUGUUUUUGAACAUCAUGGUGGUUGGAAUUAUAGGAGCAGCUAUAGUAAUAACCAUCUUAAAGGUGCUUUUCCCAGUUUGUGAAUACAAAGGAAUUCUUCCGUUGGAUAAAGUUAACAUUAUACCUGUGGCAGCUGUCAACUUAUAUGCAGAUGGUCCUGAGAAAACAGCAGAAAUCCUUGAAGAUAAAACAUGUAUUUGA